AUGUCAUUGACAAUUUUCGACUUGCCAGUGGAGAUGAUAAAUAAAAUUGUUGAAGAAUUGGAUACAUUUAGCAGAUUCAACCUCGAAAAAGUGUCCAAAGCCUUCCGUAUCAUCGUCGAUCGCUUGAAACCUUCUUUCAAGACGCUCGACUUCUAUAUCAACACGGAUAAUUCGAUAAAUCUGAUAUUUGACAAAUUUUCUGUGAUUACUUACAGAAAAGAAGGAAAUUCAUGUUCAGUGGUCUAUGAAAAUCACAAAAAAUCGAUAAUUGGAGUAGAUCACAUCGAAAUUGCCCUUGGCGACUUGGCGAGAGCUCUGAAAAAUCCGAAAUUACAACUGGAACGACUCGGAUUAUUUUCUGAUACUAAAGAUUUUAUUCUCCUCAAAAAGUGCUUGAAUUCUCAAAUCCACGUCAAAAAACUCAUCCUGAAAACCCAUAAAAUCGAUGAAAUCCCACGAAUUCUUACUAUUUUUCAACCUGGAACACUGAAAUACAUCGAAUUUCGAAAUGAGCCAAAAACCCGAAAGAAUCUACUGAAAAUUGUGAAUUUGGAGCAGAUGAAACGAGCGAGAAAUUUGAAAUUUCUAGAAUUGGGAGUCAAGAUUCGGAUGUCGAAUGGAAAUCGAUUCAAAAUUUAUAAAAAGGAGUUUGACGUUGAAGAUAUUGUUCGGUUGAGAGAUGUAAAAAUGCCCGUCUUCAGAGACCCGAUGUGCUCAUUGUGUCCGAAAAAAACCGUGUGUGGGCGGAAUGCGGCGGGAAUAGUGCUCUGCUAUUCGAAUGUUCGUGCCUCGGACCUGGAACCAUACGGCUUAUUUGUCAAAUCGCUGUUCGGUCUCUUCAUCUUCUCAAUUUUCGCACUUCUCUUCGCUGUCGGAUACAAAAGCCGCCGCUUCAUCGGCGCCGCGCUCAUCUGGGGAGGUCGAAAGCUCACGGGAGCUACUUCUGAUGCUGCCGCCGCCAUCACCGAUCAGGAUGCCGCCGCCACUCCAGAAAUCGCCACCGCCGAAGGAGCCACCACCACCGACCAAGCCAACGAUACAUCGAAAGUCUAA